CCUCCCCCGGCGCAGUCCGUCCGCCUCCCGCCUCCCCUCGGGCUCCGAGGCGCCUGGGCUCCCGGCGCGGCGGCGCAGGGGGCGGGCAGGCCGGCGGGCGGUGAUGUGGCGGGACUCUUUGUGCACUGCGGCAGGAUACACGUUCGGGCGCUGGGACGCGGCUGCGCUCAGUUCUCUCCUCUCGGAAGCUGCAGCCAUGAUGGAAGUUUGAGAGUUGAGCCGCUGUGAGGCGAGGCCGGGCUCAGGCGAAGGAGAUGAGAGACGGCGGCGGCCGCGGCCCAGAGCCCCUCUCAGCGCCUGUGAGCAGCCGCGGGGGCAGCGCCCUCGGGGAGCCGGCCGGCCGGCGGCGGCGGCAGCGGCGGCGUUUCUCGCCUCCUCUUCGUCUUCUUUUCUAACCGUGCAGCCUUUUCCUCGGCUUCUCCUGAAAGGGAAGGUGGAAGCUGUGGACUCGGGCGGGAGCCGGCUGAGGCGCGGCGGCUGCACCUCCCGCUCCUGGAGCGGGGGGGAGAAGCGGCGGCGGCGGCGGCGGCUGCAGCUCCGGGGAGGGUGUCGGAGUCGCCUGUCACCAUUUCCAGGGCUGGGAACGCCGGAGAGUUGGUCUCUCCCCUUCUACUGCCUCCAACACGGCGGCGGCGGCGGCGGCACAUCCAGGGACCCGGGCCGGUUUUAAACCUCCCCUCCGCCGCCGCCGCACCCCUCCUGGCCCGGGCUCCGGAGGCCGCCGGAGGAGGCAGCCGUUCCGAGGAUUAUUCUUCUCCCCAUUCCGCUGCCGCCGCUGCCAGACCUCUGGCUGCUGAGGAGAAGCAGGCCCAGUCGCUGCAACCAUCCAGCAGCCGCCGCAGCAGCCAUUACCCGGCUGCUGUCCAGAACCAAGCGGCAGCAGAGCGAGGGGCAUCAGCCACCGCCAAGUCCAGAGCCAUUUCCAUCCUGCAGAAGAAGCCCCGCCACCAGCAGCUUCUGCCAUCUCUCUCCUCCUUUUUCUUCAGCCACAGGCUCCCAGACAUGACAGCCAUCAUCAAAGAGAUCGUUAGCAGAAACAAAAGGAGAUAUCAAGAGGAUGGAUUCGACUUAGACUUGACCUAUAUUUAUCCAAACAUUAUUGCCAUGGGGUUUCCUGCAGAAAGACUUGAAGGCGUAUACAGGAACAAUAUUGAUGAUGUAGUAAGGUUUUUGGAUUCAAAGCAUAAAAACCAUUACAAGAUAUACAAUCUAUGUGCUGAAAGACAUUAUGAUACCGCCAAAUUUAACUGCAGAGUUGCACAGUAUCCUUUCGAAGACCAUAAUCCACCACAGCUAGAACUUAUCAAACCCUUUUGUGAAGAUCUUGACCAAUGGCUAAGUGAAGAUGACAAUCAUGUAGCAGCAAUUCACUGUAAAGCUGGAAAGGGACGAACUGGUGUAAUGAUUUGCGCAUAUUUGUUACAUCGGGGCAAAUUUUUAAAGGCACAAGAGGCCCUAGAUUUCUAUGGGGAAGUAAGGACCAGAGACAAAAAGGGAGUAACUAUUCCCAGUCAGAGGCGCUAUGUAUAUUAUUAUAGCUACCUGUUAAAGAAUCAUCUGGAUUAUAGACCAGUGGCAUUGUUGUUUCACAAGAUGAUGUUUGAAACUAUUCCAAUGUUCAGUGGCGGAACUUGCAAUCCUCAGUUUGUGGUCUGCCAGCUAAAGGUGAAGAUAUAUUCCUCCAAUUCAGGACCCACACGACGGGAAGACAAGUUCAUGUACUUUGAGUUCCCUCAGCCGUUGCCUGUGUGUGGUGACAUCAAAGUAGAGUUCUUCCACAAACAGAACAAGAUGCUAAAAAAGGACAAAAUGUUUCACUUUUGGGUAAAUACAUUCUUCAUACCAGGACCAGAGGAAACCUCAGAAAAAGUAGAAAAUGGAAGUCUAUGUGAUCAAGAAAUUGAUAGUAUUUGCAGUAUAGAGCGUGCAGAUAAUGACAAGGAAUAUCUAGUACUCACUUUAACAAAAAAUGAUCUCGACAAAGCAAAUAAAGACAAGGCCAACCGAUACUUUUCUCCAAAUUUUAAGGUGAAGCUGUACUUCACAAAAACAGUAGAGGAGCCAUCAAAUCCAGAGGCUAGCAGUUCAACUUCUGUAACACCAGAUGUUAGUGACAAUGAACCUGAUCAUUAUAGAUAUUCUGACACCACUGACUCUGAUCCAGAGAAUGAACCUUUUGAUGAAGAUCAGCAUACACAAAUUACAAAAGUCUGAUUUUUUUUUUUAUCAAGAGGGAUAAAACACCAUGAAAACAAACUUGAAUAAACUGAAAAUGGACCUUUUUUUUUAAUGGCAAUAGGACAUUGUGUCAGAUUACCAGUUAUAGGAACAAUUCUCUUUUCCUGACCAAUCUUGUUUUACCCUAUACAUCCACAGGGUUUUGACACUUGUUGUCCAGUUGAAAAAAGGUUGUGUAGCUGUGUCAUGUAUAUACCUUUUUGUGUCAAAAGGACAUUUAAAAUUCAAUUAGGAUAAAUAAAGAUGGCACUUUCCCAUUUUAUUCCAGUUUUAUAAAAAGUGGAGACAGACUGAUGUGUAUACGUAGGAAUUUCUCAUUUUGUGUUCUGUCACCAACUGAAGUGGCUAAAGAGCUUUGUGAUAUACAGGUUCACAUCCUACCCCUUUGCACUUGUGGCAACAGAUAAGUUUGCAGUUGGCUAAGAGGAGUUUCUAAAGGGUUUUGCUACAUUCUAAUGCAUGUAUUCGGGUUAGGGGAAUGGAGGGAAUGCUCAGAAAGGAAUAUGUUUUACGCUGGACUCUGGACCAUAUACCAUCUCCAGCUAUUUACACGCACCUUUCUUUAGCAUGCUACAGUUGUUAAUCUGGACAUUUGAGGAAUUGGCCGCUGUCACUGCUUGUUAUUUGUGCAUUUUAUUUUUUUUAAGCAUAUUGGUGCUAGAAAAGGCAGCUAGAGGGAGUGAAUCUGUAUAGGGGUACAGGAAUGAACCUUCCACAACAUCUUAAGAAUCCACAAAUGAAGGGAUAUAAAAAUAAUGUGGUCAUAGAUAAGAAACACAGCAACAAUGACUUAACCAUAUAAAUGUGGAGGCUAUCGGCAAAGAAUGGGCUUGAAACAUUAUAAAAAUUGACAAUGAUUUAUUAAAUAUGUUUUCUCAAUUGUAAUGACUGCUCCAUCUCCUGUGUAAUCAAGGCCAGUGCUAAAAGUCAGAUGCUAUUAUUACCUACAUCAGUCAACAACUUACAUUUAUUUUAUUAGUUUUCAAUCGUAUACCUGCUGUGGAUGCUUCAUGUGCUGCCUAAAAGCUUCUUUUUUCUCAUUAAAUAUAAAAUGUUUUGUAAUGCUGCACAGGAAAUUUCAAUUUGAGAUUCUACAGUAAGCGGUUUUUUUUCCUUUAAAGAUUUAUGAUGCACUUAUUCAAUCCAAUAGAUGUCAGCCGUUCCACCCUUUUGACCUUACACAUUCAUUACAAUGAGUUUUGCAGUUUUGCACAUUUUUUAAAUGUCAUUAACUGUUAGGGAAUUUUACUUGAAUACUGAAUACAUAUAAUGUUUAUAUUUAAAAGGACGUUAUUUGUGUUAAAAAGGAAAUUAGAGUUGCAGUAAAUUUUCAACACUGCACAAAUAAUGUCAUUUACUUUUUCAGUAGAAAUUGUCCCACAUAAUGCUUUUAUCAAUUUGCUAUUGAAAGAAUAGAUUUUUUUAAAUGUGCAGUGUUGAAUCAUUUCUUCAUAGUGCUAGAGUUAGGACAAGGGCUUCAGUUUCACUUCUUAAAUAUCAUAUAUUUGAUAUGCCCAGACUGCAUACGAUUUUAAGCAGAGUACAACUACUAUUGUAAAGUUAAUGUGAAGAUACGAUUAAAAAGAAUUUUUUCCCCCAGAAAUUUGGUAUCUUUCAAAUGAUACCUUGACCUUGAAACAUUUGACCAUCCAGCCAAUUUAUUUCUUAAUGGUGUAAAAUCUCAUUUUCAAUAACUUAUUGGUGCUGAAAUUGUUCACUAGCUGUGGUCUGACCUAGUUAAUUUACAAAUACAGAUUGCAUAGGACCUACUAGAGCAGCAUUUAUAGAGUUUGAUGGUAAAUAGAUUAGGCAGAACUUCAUCUAAAAUAUUCUUAGUAAAUAAUCUUGACAUGUUUUCCAUACCUCAUCAGUUUCAUUCAACAAAUAAAAUUUUAAAAUUUUUAACAAAGCUGUUAGGAUUUACACAUUUAUAUUUAAACAUUGAUAUAUAGAGAAUUGAUUGACUGCUCAUAAGUUAAAUUGGUAAAGUUAGAGACACCUAUUCCUAAGAUCUCAUCAUUGAAAUUUAUAUGUCACCUUGUCUUUCAUAAAAGCUGAAAACUGUUGACUAAAAUGAAAAUCAACUAUUCAUGUUUUGAAGAUGGUUAUUAAUACUGUUAUUUGUUACAGUUUUGGGCACAGUAUAUUAAAGCGUAACUUGUAUGGUUCCAAUAUGUAACAUGGAGGGCCAGGUCAUAAAUAAUGACAUUAUAAUGGGCUUUGCACUGUUAUUAUUUUUCCUUUGGAAUGUGAAGGUCUGAAUGAGGGUUUUGAUUUUGAAUGUUUCAGUGUUUUUGAGAAGCCUUGCUUACAUUUUAUGGUGUAGUCAUUGGAAAUGGAAAAAUGGCAUUAUAUAUAUUAUAUAUAUAUAAAUAUAUAUUAUACAUACUACUCUCCUUUAUUUCAGUUACCACGCCCAUAGAAUUUGACAAGAAUUGCUAUGACUGAAAGGUUUUUGAGUCCUAAUUAAAACUUUAUUUAUGACAGUAUUCACGAUUAGCCUGAAAUGCAUUCUGUAGGUAAUCUCUUUGAGUUUCUGGAAUGUUUUCUUAGACUUUUUGGAUGUGCAGCCGCUUACAUGUCUGAAGUUACUUGAAGGCAUCACUUUUAAGAAAGCUUACAAUUGGGCCCUGUACCAUCCCAAGUCCUCUGUAGCUCCUCUUGAACAUUUUUUGCCAUAAUUAUUAAAGGGUAGUUGAAUAAAUAGCAUCACCAUUCUUUGCUGUGGCACAGGUUAUAAACUUAAGUGGAGUUUACCGGCAGCAUCAAAUGUUUCAGCUUUAAAAAAUAAAAGUAGGGUACAAGUUACUGUUUAGUUCUAGAAAAUUUGUGCAAUAUGUUCAUAACGAUGGCUGUGGUUGCCACAAAGUGCCUCGUUUACCUUUAAAUACUGUUAAUGUGUUAUGCAUGCAGAUGGAAGGGGUGGAACUGUGCACUAAAGUGGGGGCUUUAACUGCAGUGUUUGGCAGAGUUGCCUUCUACCCUGCCAGUUCAAAAGUUCAAUCUGUUUUCAUAUAGAAUAUAUAUACUAAAAAAUUUCAGUCUGUUAAACAGCCUUACUCUGAUUCAGCCUCUUCAGAUACUCUUGUGCUGUGCAGCAGUGGCUCUGUGUGUAAAUGCUAUGCACUGAGGAUACACAAAAAAUUACGAUGUGUACAGGAUAAUGCCUCAUACCAAUCAGAUGUCCAUUUGUUAUUGUGUUUGUUAACAACCCUUUAUCUCUUAGUGUUAUAAACUCCACUUAAAACUGAUUAAAGUCUCAUUCUUGUCAUUGUGUGGGUGUUUUAUUAAAUGAGAAUAUUUAAUAUUUAUAAUUUAAAUUGAUUAGAUUUAUUGCCAUUUUAAAUGAUGGGCAGCCAAAUGUGAUUAAUAAGUUUUUGUAAGGUUUGUUGGUUUUUUUUUUCCCUGCUGUCCUUCAAAGCCUACAGUUAUAUAAAAACAUGGGCUCUUGUCAGUUUGGGAGUAGAGUAUCAGUCUACUCAUGUUUGAGAGAGGCAUUUAGCUUUUUUAGUGUCUUAGUCAACACUUAAUAUCCUGUUUCAAGCACGUUAAAUAAUAUGCUAAUCCUAAAAAGUUCACGAGUUUUGAAAAAUUGUGCAUAUAUAUUUUUUUACUAAGAUGUCUGAAGAUAAUUCCCCAGAAUGGAUUUGAUAUCUCAGAUUUCAAUUUUGUGGCUUUUCCAUUCUUUAUGAUUCUGUAGUAUGCCAUCAACAUAUGGGGAGCUUCAUCUACUCAUUGUGACUUGUGCCAUUUAAAAAUUGAUAUUCCAGAAUAGUCUAAAGGACUUUGUGUACUUGAACUUAAUCUUGUUAUUUCUAAUAUUCUUAAAAGCUUAAAGACUGAGUAAGGCACAUCCUUUCAACAAAGCAUAGUAAGGUAAUAAGUGAAAGUGUAGCUUGUACAAAUGUUUUGAAAAUAAAGCAGAUCAUUUAUGUAACAAUAGAAUUUAAUGUUAUUUCAGGUUUACAUUUUCUCCAUGUGACUUUUUUUAAAGUAAAUGUGAAUAUAUAAUGUAAAGAGGUAUGAAAAGUAUGUGUGUGUACACACAUUUUUUCUUUUUAGGUAUCGUAAGUAUGGUUGAAAACUAUACUGGAGUCUAAAAUUAUUCUGAUUUAUAAGAUGAUCUUGGUGAUGUCUGAAAAAUAGGAAUUUACUGACAAUUUUGUUUUUAUUGCGUGUUUUCACAACUCUUAAUUCGGGCUAGCUUGGUUAAGUGAAUGCCAUCACCAUUUCCACUGAGAAUACAAAAAUCACCAGUGUUUAACAUGCAGGCUUCCAAAGGCUUACAAAAAAUCAAGACCCUUAAAUCUAGUCAAUUUGCUGCUAAUGUGAAACUUUUUUGUUCUUUUAUUCUUGCCAGAUAAUUAGCCACAGAUCUAAAACUUAGUCUUAAAUGGCUUAAGUGUAAGUUUUGGUUAGCAGUGUGCUGGUACUAGUGCAGAGAGAAAUGUUUGUGAAUGGAAAAAAUAAUAUAAAUAUGCAGUCUAAACUGGUAUAAGUACCUAAAAAACUAGCAAAAAAGAUAAUAGAGGGAAAACAUUUUAAAACUUUUAAAGAUGACAUGUUAGAGACCGAUUUUCCUAUAGAAUUAUGUAUCUAUAGGAAGCCUAAUGAUUAUCAGUUGUUUUUAAUUUUAGAGCAACUCUAUUCCUUUAUGACCAUGAUCUUGGUAUUUUUCCAUUUUUUAAGAGAUCUUCCUUCUUCAAGUAUUGGGUUGGCCCAAAAGUUUGUUCGGGUAUUUAACAUCUUACCCAAAAACCCGAACGAACUUUUUGGCCGACACAAUAUAUCAGACUAUGUAGCCAUUCUGACAAAUUCACGUGUUGGUAGCUUUAAAAGUUUGUUAUGUAAAGUCAGUAAAGGACAAUAGUUUCAUUGGUGGUAAUACCCUUUGGUUCUUAAGUUAGCUUUUUUGAGAAUAGUUUCCCGUAACAAAAUCUUCAGUGAUAAUCUCACCACCUGGAAACAGCUAUUAUUAAUGCUUUAGUGACUAUACAAUCAUUUUUUUCUGUAUAUUCAUGUAUAUAUUUUCUUCAAAAAAUGAAAUUUGUACUGGGCAUACUCUCCAGGCCUUUAAGCUUAGUAUUUCCAUCACGGAUUUGUAGAAUGUUAAAUUACAUCAGAGAAUGAACAGUGACUGGAUUCUUUCUAACACUACAGAUGCAGAUUAUGUGCAGUUAUUGAGAGUCCUUUCCAAUUCAGUGGGUCAGUCAUGGACGUUUAAAUAUUGUUAGCAUCAGAAUAAUACAUGUCUAAGUAAAUAAAACGGUUACAUUUAUUUAGCAUAGACAAGCUUAACAUUGUAGAUAUUUCUCUUCAAAAACCAUUUCAAACGUUUGUAUUUUGGAAUUAGGUCAGAAUGUGUGAAACACUGUAUUAGUAGUGAAUUUCAUCAUCACCUUUCUAUUUCUCUUUAUAGGUUGGAAAAGAAGGGUGAGCUUUUCACUUUUUAUAAUUCCCAAACAGUUGCUCAAUUUAGAGUGAAUUAGUUUAACACCUGGAAAACAGAAAAAAAGCCACUGCUGGUUUAUCACUUAGUUGUUUUUACAUCUGUGUGCUCAUGAGACUUCCAUCACAUCCAAAACUAUUUCAUGAAUGGUUCACCUUUAGCUCUGGAACUUAACCAUGAUUAGUAUAAUGGUGGGCUUAGAACAUAGAUCUCUUUUUUUUAACAGUUACUUGAGAAUUCGGUGGAAAAAAGUUUAGCUGGAGGGCAGUACAUAACUUACAAACCAAUGUAUUGAUAUUUUAUGAACAUUUUUACAUAUAUGAGUGAAGUCAACUGCCAUCUUUGAGCAUUACCACAUUUUAAAAUAAAGCUGCAUAUUUUUAAAUGAAGUGUUUAACAAGGAUUUAUAUUUUUCAUUUUUUUAAUUAAAAGUAAUUUAUAUCUCCUUUGUUGCAUGUGGAUUCUCAUCUGUUCUUAAAAUGGUUAGAGAUUUUGUUUGUGCUGGAAUGGAGCAAGGCCUCUAGUCAUGGCUCUAGUGUUUCAGUUUGUCAAAUCUGUUUACUGUAGUGAGAUUAUCUUAAAAUGUUUAGAUGUGGCUUUCUGUAGCUUAUCAUUUAUUGGCUUUUAUUUAUGUACACUUUUAGGAUUUUCUGCCUACUUUAUACAGUUGUCUAAAUGAUAUCCCACGUUUACAAAUGCUCAUUCAGUUUCUAUUUUCUUUUUCCAUUAUAAUGCCUUCAUGGGCAGUUUUUAAGUGUGUGUGCAUGUGUGUGAGUGUAGGGAGGUCUGGAUGGGUGGUGAGAGUGCUAGGUUCCGAUUUUAGAGAUUAAAUAGUUUGAUUCAGGCAAACAGUUCUCACUGGAAUUUUACAGUUCAUCGUAAUGAAAAUAAUGUUAACCCUGGAUGACCUUUGACAUACAGUAAUGAAUCUUGGAUGUUAAUGAAUUUGUUGGUAGCAUCUUGAUGCAUGCAUUAUUGAGUUAUUUUCUAAGUUGUGCAUUUAUCCAAAGUUGGUAUAUUGGAAAUGUUUAUAUCAAAUUCCAUUUGGCUACUGAUGGACGUAAAAACAAAUGCUUUAUUAUGGAGAGUAUUUUUUCUUUAAAAAAUUAAAAAGGUUAAUUAUUUUUAA